GGCUCGGUGGCCGUAGCCGUCGCCACUCGGGGCAAAGGGACCAAGGCCUGCAGCAUACCUGGUUGCUGCUGUGCAACUGGCACGCAACCGCCUCGGGCCUUUGCCCUGGGCGAGAGGUCCUGGCGCGGCACGCACACGUGGACACGGCCGCUCCUCCCUGCGCCCUGCUCCGGCUGCCUUGGCCGGGCGAUCCGACAGACCCUCGCCUAGAGGCUUUGGGGAAGGUCUGUGGAGGCGAAGCAGUCCACCUGCUUUUCCUCGGGUUGUUUGAUUUUCGCGUACUUAUUUGCUUUUUUGCACCGGCGGGCACUGGUCCCCAAGAGGCGCUGGGAAGUUUCAGUGAGCGUGGGCGUGGGCUCUGCAGCAGCACCCGGAGCCUGGCUGUGCAGGGCCGGGAGCGACCCCUCGGCCUGGUGGGGCGGCGGAGAAACAGGGGGCCACUUCGGGGGACAUUGGCUCCCUACGCCUCGCCUGGGGCCGGCGGCUCCGAGCCCAGGUGCCGCCCCUUCAAAGAUUUCACCUUUCGCCUUUGAGACUUAACUGGAGAGUGCUGGGGUCACCUGUUUGGUGGCGAGCUGAAACUGGCAGCAGGAGGAGGGCGCUGGGAGGGAGCGGCGAGGCUCUGCGCCCCAGGUCUCCACUGCUCCCGCGGGGCGGGGCCGCGCAGGUUCCCUGCAGCUCUCAGGUAGCCCGGCGGGGAGGGGCGGGAGCCUUGAACCCGGCUCUGGAGGAAGAGAAACCCGGCUGCGGGCUCCGAGCCGUUUCUUGCUGGGCAAGCGUCAACUCGGCAGGGAUUAUUAACCAGCAUAUACAGUAGUGACGAGGAUGAUGAAGACAUUGAGAUGUGUGACCAUGACUAUGAUGGGCUACUUCCCAAGUCUGGAAAACGUCACUUGGGGAAAACUAGGUGGACCAGGGAAGAGGAUGAAAAACUAAAGAAGCUGGUGGAACAGAAUGGAACAGAUGACUGGAAAGUUAUUGCCAAUUAUCUCCCGAAUCGGACAGAUGUGCAGUGCCAACAUCGAUGGCAGAAAGUUCUAAACCCUGAGCUCAUCAAGGGUCCUUGGACCAAAGAAGAAGAUCAGAGAGUGAUAGAGCUUGUACAGAAAUACGGUCCGAAACGUUGGUCUGUUAUUGCCAAGCACUUAAAAGGGAGAAUUGGAAAACAAUGUAGGGAGAGGUGGCAUAACCACUUGAAUCCAGAAGUUAAGAAAACCUCCUGGACAGAAGAGGAAGACAGAAUUAUUUACCAGGCACACAAGAGACUGGGGAACAGAUGGGCAGAAAUCGCAAAGCUACUGCCUGGACGAACUGAUAAUGCUAUCAAGAACCACUGGAAUUCCACAAUGCGUCGGAAGGUGGAACAGGAAGGUUAUCUUCAGGAGUCUCCCAAAGCCAGCCAGCCAACAGUGGCCACAAGUUUCCAGAAGAACAAUCAUUUGAUGGGUUUUGCUCAUGCCCCACCUUCUUCUCAACUCCCUCCAACUGGGCAGCCCUCGGUUAACAAUGACUAUUCCUAUUACCACAUUUCUGAAGCACAAAAUGUCUCCAGCCACGUUCCAUAUCCUGUAGCGUUACAUGUAAAUAUAGUCAAUGUCCCUCAGCCAGCUGCGGCAGCCAUUCAGAGACACUAUAAUGAUGAAGACCCCGAAAAAGAAAAGCGAAUAAAGGAAUUAGAGUUGCUCCUAAUGUCCACUGAGAAUGAGCUGAAAGGACAGCAGGCAUUACCAACACAGAACCACACAUGCAGCUACCCCGGGUGGCACAGCACCUCCAUUGCCGACCACAGCAGACCUCAUGGAGAUGGUGCACCUGUUUCCUGUCUGGGAGAGCACCACUCCACUCCAUCUCUGCCGGUGGAUCCCAGCUCCCUACCUGAAGAAAGUGCCUCACCUGCGAGGUGCAUGAUCGUCCACCAGGGCACCAUUCUGGAUAAUGUUAAGAACCUCUUAGAAUUUGCAGAAACACUCCAGUUUAUAGAUUCUGAUUCUUCAGCAUGGUGCGAUAUCAGCAGUUUUGAAUUCUCUGAAGAAGCAGCUUUUGCACCUAGCCAACAUCACACAGGCAAAGCCCUCCAGCUUCAGCAAACAGAGGGCAAGGGGCCUAGACCUGCAGGAGAGCCUAGCCCAAGGGAGAACAAACGCAUGUUGGGCAAGGGUUCACUUGACUCACCCAAGGCCUUCCCUCCUUCAAGGCCCAGCACAAUUCCACUGGUCAUCCUUCGAAAAAAGCAGGGCCAGGCCAGCCCCUUAGCCACUGGAGGCUCUAGCUGCUUCCUCUUUGCUGACGUCAGCAGUUCAGCUCCCAAGCCUUCCCCUGUCAAAAGCCUGUCCUUCUCUCCCUCACAGUUCCUAAACACUUCCAGUAACCAUGAAAACUUAGACUUGGAAGUGCCUUCUUUAACUUCUACCCCUCUCAGUGGUCACAAAUUGACUGUUACAACACCAUUCCAUAGAGAGCAGACUGUGAAAACUCAAAAGGAAAAUACCAUUUUUAGAACUCCAGCUAACAAAAGGUCAAUCCUAGAAAGUUCUCCGAGAACUCCUACACCAUUCAAACAUGCACUUGCAGCCCAAGAAAUUAAAUAUGGUCCCCUGAAGAUGCUACCUCAAACACCCUCUCAUCUAGUUGAAGACCUACAGGAUGUGAUCAAACAGGAAUCUGAUGAAUCUGGAAUCGUUACUGAAUUUCAAGAGAAUGGACCACCCUUACUAAAGAAAAUCAAACAAGAGGUGGAAUCUCCAACUGAUAAAGCGGGAAACUUCUUCUGCUCAAACCACUGGGAAGGGGAGAGUCUGAAUACUCAGCUGUUUACACAGCCAUCGCAGGUGGCGGAUGCCCCCAAUAUUCUUACAAGCUCUGUUUUGAUGACACCAGUAUCAGAAGAUGAAGACAAUGUUCUGAAAGCAUUUACAGUACCUAAAAACAGGUCCCUGGUGAGUCCCUUGCAGCCUUGUAGUGGAACCUGGGAACCUGCAUCCUGUGGGAAGACAGAGGACCAGAUGACAGCUUCUGCUCAGACUCGUAAAUACGUGAACGCAUUCUCAGCCCGGACUCUGGUCAUGUGAGACAUUUCCAGAAAAGCAUUAUGGUUUUCAGAACACUUCAAGUUGACUUGGGAUAUAUCAUUCCUCGACAUGACUUUCCAUGAUUGGGAGAAGAACCUAUUUUUGUUGUGGUACAACAGUUGAGAGCAGCACCAAGUGCAUUUAGUUGGGUGAAAUCUUUUGGAUUUCACCCAACUAAAAAGGAUUUUUAAAAAAUAAAUAGCAGUCUUGCCUAAAUUCUUAGGUAAUGAAUUUUAUAACCAGUUAAUAUCUUGAAGCAGAUUUUUUUAAAAAAAUAAAAUGAUUUAUUUGUAUUUUAAAGGGGCCAACAGAUCAGUAUUUUUUCCUGUGUUGAGUUUUUAAAAAUUUUACACAAAAAGGUACUCCAGUAUUCUACUUUCCUCAAUCACUAAAUAUAUGUGCAGAUUUUUAAAAAUCAGUAAAAGCAUUACUAUAAAUGUUGACUAAACACCAUGGAACAAUUAAUGGAGAUUGUAAAUGCUCAUUUAUGGUUAAUAACAUUGGGGGUACAUUUAUUGUACUCAACCAUUUUAUGAGUUUUUUGUUAGCUUGCUUUAAAAAUUAUUACUGUAUGAAAUAGUUUUAUAAAAAAUUAUAUUUUUAUUCAGUAAUUUAAUUUUGUAAAUGCCAAAUAAAAACUGUUUUGCUGCUAUGGUCUUAGCCUGUAGACAUGCUGCUAGUAUCAGGGGCAGUAGAGCUUGAAUGGAAAGAGAAGAAACUUGGUGUUAGGUAAUUGACUAUGCACUAGUAUCUCAGACUUUUUUAUUUUUUAAAAAUAUACAUAUUUUUCCUUUUGUAAUACAUUGGAAAAGUUGUUUGGGAGAUUUUGCAUUUUGUUGUUAUGUGUUUUUGUUUUUUGGUUCUUUUUUGUUGUUGGUGGUUUAUAAAGCAUGCAUUGCACUUCUUUUUUUUUUUUGGGAGAUCUAUGUUGUUGAUGUUCUAUGUUUUGUUCAAGUUCAGCCUGAUUGUUCUUUAAUUCAGGGGUUCUGAGUUUGAUCAGCAUCCCCAUGGUUUUCAAGUCUAUGAUAUCAGAACUGCCUCACAGGUCCGGUGUUUGCAGCUGAGGAGAAAAAAGAGUCAAGCCCUGUGUUUGCCUCUGGGAGAAAACAAAGACUGAGGUCAAUAGUGAGUUUCUGCCUUAAGAACAUUUGGUGCAAGAUGGCCAGCACUGAACCUUUGAUGACAGUGUACUUACUGCCUUGUAGCAAAAUAAAGCUGUGCCCUUAUUUGA